CACUUUCUUUAUUCUUCCUCCUUUCUUAUUUUACCUAUAUUUCCCUUUUGUUAUAAUUUCUCUCUCUCUUUUUUUUUUAUUAUAUUAUUUUACAGUAGUACCAAUUGAAGCUUGGUUGAAUUAUGGAUAGAUUCAUCAAUGCUUUCAGUCGGUCACAAAAUAGAAAAGACGAUGAAGGACGAAGCCAUCAAUUUGCAAAACGACUUACUACUUCGACAACGUCACCUAGUAUUGUUGAUAAAGUACCAGGACCCACUCUAUCAGCAUCUGACCUCUCACCAACCGAAUCUGACGUAUAUGUAGACUGGUGGAACGCACUAGAUCCUUUUGGUCUUGGUAUUGCUCACGAGAAAGAUAUCAAUCGUUUCUUAAUGGCUUGUGGUUUAGAUCAAGAUUUACUUCAACAGAUUACAACAUUAUAUGAUGGCGAACCAAAGUACAUGGAGGAACAAUUUUAUGCCAUAAUUCGACUUGCUUCACAUGGACAAUGUGGUAGAAAAAUCAACCGUGAUCUUCGCCAUUGGCUCAGCUUAAUAAAAAUGCUCUUGAUGAUAUAUUUCGCCAAGAAUCAUUUCCUAUUCAACCAAUCUCCACUGUCUCUUCUACCAAAACAGCAAAGGAUCAAUCUCGAAAUACUUGGUGGGGUCAGUCAUCUUUACAUGCAAAAGAUACGCAGGAUUUCAUCUCACCAUUACCGCAGCAACAACAACAUCAAGGACAACAACAACCCUUGUUAUUUCCAAAUGCUAUCAGUCAUCGACAUUCAUAUGCUAGCUCCACGUAUUCUACGCCUGCCUUUGUAUCACCUGCUAUUCAAUCACAACAACCGGCCGUAAGUUCUAUUUACCAACCAACUCCAUCUUGGUCUUCAUCCAAUAAUGACAAAAAUAAUCUCAUCUCUCCUGAUACUCCAUUGAUACCUGUUUCAUCGGCUUUAAACCAAGUUGAAUCUUUCGCAUGGGCAGAACAGGCUCU